AUGACUCAACAAGAAGUAACCAUCGAGUUCAAAUAUAAUCACAAUGCAAAUGGUGGAGAUCAUACGUACCAAGCAAGUACUAUCGGUGGUAAUAACGUUAAAAUUACCGUGAGAAAAUCUGAAGAACCUAGUGGAUCUGACUUCUACAGGUAUACUCAUACUCUGCAGAAUGGAGGAAGUUUUACACUAAAGACAGUACUGGAUGAUAGUGGUAAAAAAAUUAAUAUUCCUGAACCUAAAGGUGUUUCAGAACUCCGAAAGAUUAAUCUUGAAAAGGUAACUUCAGUUUCCGCCUAUUGCUGGAAUGGAAAUCCUACUAAGGUUCUCAUAAUAGGGAUUACUACCACUGAUAGAGGAACUACCUAUUAUGGGAAUAGAAAGAGUGCUGAUGGUAAUAAUGAGUGGACCAGACUUCAUGGAGGUUCUAGACCUAAUCUCAUAAAUGGUGACAUUGAAAGAACACUAGAUGAUCUGGUUUGUGAACAUCAUGGUGCUGUUACCAUAGAUCUUAGCAAGGGUACAUCCAUGAGUGGUAAUAAGCCAUAUUGUUGCCGUUGUGAUGGUCAUAAUAAUACCAAGAUCUCUCUUUCUUCUGGGAAAGUUCCAGCUGUCCCUACUGUUGAGUACUACAAGCACACCAUUAAUAGUGGACAGCUUGCAAGGAUAAGGUACUACUUUGACGGUGUAGGUACUGAUCCCAGGAAGACUAAUGACCCCGAUAAAAGAAGACGUAUAAAGUCCCCUGAGCUAGGCUUCCCAACAUUAAGCGUACAAGCUGUUUAUGCAUUCUAUUGCGGAGGAAAUCCAGUAUUGAUAUAUAUCGAAGGUAAUGGAGACGGUGGAACAAACAGCUGGUACAAGAAGCCUACUAGUAAUGGUAAUACAGAUGAACAGUGGACAAAAGUACAGGAUCUCAAAGACAUAACACCUGAUAAUAUUACAGAAUGUGAGCAAUAUAACAAACUUGCGGCAGAACUAAGUUGUGCAAGAACUGUACCAUGUCCUCUUCCUCAAUCACCACCUCCUCCUCUUGCUCCAUCAUCUAACAUAGAUUCUGGUGCUAGUGGUCCUCACCCUGCUCAACAAAAAGCUGAAUCUGCUCCUCAUACUCCUACUGCUUCUGAAGAUGAAGCUCUUGCUGCUAAUCCUCCUCAAACUGAAGAAACUCCUAAAACUGCAAAAUCUAUUGGACUUCUUCUUACUGGUAGCUCUGCACUAGCUGGAUAUGUCGUCCCUUCUGUUUUUGGUGGAAGUGGCGCAGUUGGUCUGGCAGGUUAUCAUUUAUAUAAGAAUUCUAGAGAUCCUUGGGUUAGACAGAUUUAA